GGAAGAAGAAGAAGCCCGCAACACGGAAGUACGUGGGAAAUGUCUGCUGGUCUUCUGCGGUUAAAAUAAGUGUCUUGAGAUGAGACCAACGGUGUUUUUUACGUGUUCAGUCCUAUUUUACAAUUUGGAGAUUGUACAUUCCCGAGGUGACGAUGGAAAGCAAGAAUGGCCGAUUCCUUACAGGCGAUUUGAUUGUCGUCCCGCUGCGGACUCGUACUGUGAAGCCAUGUUCCCCUUCUGUCCCACCGGCGACAGGGAUGGCCGGAUCCCCUACAUGAAUAACUGGGAUGUCAUCUCGGUAUUUCGACUGCAAGCUCCAGUGUGGGAGUUUAAAUAUGGAUCAUUGCUGGGGAAAAUGCAUAUCAUGCAUGAUGCCAUUGGGUUCAGCAGUGCUGAAACGGGGAGAAACUACACCAUGGAGUGGUAUGAACUCUUCCAGCUGGGCAACUGCACCUUCCCUCACCUGAGACGUGAGACUAACAACCCCUUCUGGUGCAACCAGGGAGCUGCAUGCUUCUUUGAGGGGAUUGAUGACAUCCACUGGUCUGAGAAUGGUACCUUGGAGAAAGUGGGAGAGAUCUCAGGUGGCCAGUUCAACGAGAUGGCCUUGUGGGUCCAGGACGACAACCAGACUGGGAUUUAUUAUGAGACGUGGACGGUCCGCUCAGACCCUGGCCCCAACGCCACCGUGUGGUUUGACUCCUACGACUGCUCCCAGUUCGUCCAUCGCACCUACAGGUAUCUUACGCAACAGCGAGCCAAGCUGUCCAGCCGAUUCCAGACCAACUACACUAAGAUCUACCUGUACAGUGGGGAGCCGACCUACUUGGGGGAUGAUGAUUCUAUCUUCAGGGAGCCUUCUGCAAAGACGCUGGCUGAAGACAUCCGCAAGUUCUAUCACCCUUUCCGACCACACCAGUCGUACAUUGACUUUGUCCUCAGUCUCGCGGAGGCUUAUCAGAAGGUGGUAGAGGAGAAGAGCUUCUACUUGUACUAUAACUUUGAAUAUUGGCACUUACCCAUGAAAUCUCCAUAUGUGCAGAUCACAUAUGAGGAAGUGCCUUUGCCGUAAAGCCACAAUUUGUAAUUGGUUUUUCAGCCAAACAGCAGCCGAGCCGCCACUUUGCAUUAAAGCUGAGGGAUGGGUCUGGAAAAAAAUGUUACCACUCAGUCAGAUGGAGCUAUGGAUUGAAGGACUAUCAUUAAUUCAUUGAACUGCCAUAUUAAACUUUGUCACAUGCGCCGAAUA